GCGAGGAACUACAUGCAACGUGUUUUUCCGUGUCAAAUAAAGUCGUAUUUUACAUUUGAACACAAAUACACAUUCACUGCUUUUUUUAUUUUGACACUCUCCUGUGCGCUGCUGCCCCUGGUCUUGAGCGGUGUGACUGCUUCACCAAAGCAUUAGCACACACGGAAUUAAACGAAGUGAGCCAACAACAUCUUUAGGGUGGACUUAAAGUGGACGUGAUGGUCGUUUCAUGGCUGAAAGCCACUUUGAGGCACACGGGCGUCCAGCAAGAGCGUUUCGAGGCUGGUAAUGUUUUUUGAAAACAUAUGUUAGACGUUUUCUCGUGAGCGGAUGUGUCCUUGUCGGCUAGCCGCGGAGGUGGCGCGCGAGGCGGCGUCUUAUCAGAAAGCUUCCGCGACGUGAGAUUACAAAAAGUAGACCCCCAAAAUGGCCUCGGUGCUGGGUUGCUUCAAUGGACCCGAAGUGUUGGAGGACGUCAGUCACGCUCGAUGUUUGAUGGGGGAGCUGAAGGCGUUGUACGACAGCCGCCUUCUCUCGGACGUCACCAUCGAGGUGGACCCCGACGGAGAGCCCCUGGAGCCCGGCGGAGGCGGAGGGCCCUCGGGUGACGACCUCGUCCAGCUGUUCCACUGCAGCCGCAACGUCCUCGCCGCCGCCAGCCCUUACUUCAAGAGCAUGUUCACCGGUGGCUUGACCGAGAGCGUCCAGGAGAGGGUGGCCAUCCGCGGCGUGGACGCCGAGUCCAUGUCGGUCAUCGUGGACUACUGCUACACGGGUCAGGCGACCAUCACGGAGGGCAACGUGCAGAGGCUGUACGCAGCCGCCAACAUGCUCCAGCUGGAGUACAUCAGGAAGGCCUGCUCCGGCUUCAUGACCCGCAGGCUGGACCUCGCCAACUGCGUGGGGGUUCUGAAGUUCGCGGACACCUACGACAACCCCGAGCUGAAGGAGAGCGCUCGGGCCUUCAUCGCCAGGAACUUCGGCCAGCUGUGCAUCGCCGGGGAGCUGUGCGAGCUGGAACUGCACCAGUUGGAGGAACUGCUCUCCCUGGACACGCUGGACGUGGCCUGCGAGCGCGAAGUGUGCUCGGCCGCCCUGCGCUGGAUCGAGGCCAACGCGCCGCCCACGAAGGAGGAGGCGCUGCGCGCGCUGAGGUGCGUGCGCUGGAACUUGUUCACCGAGAGGGACAAGCGCUACCUGGAAGGGCUGGCGGCGAGGCCCUUCAUCGAAAAGUACGUGGAGUCCUUCUUCAACAGGCCGUGCGCCGUGUCCACGUCUCUGGAUGUUCCCAAGCACAGGAUAGGCGUGAGCGCCAAAGAAAUGAUCUUGUUCUUCGGUCUUCCCAACGACAGCAUCAUGUGUUGCGACCCGUACUCCGAGGACCUCUACUUCGUGACGCCGCCUCUCGUGGAUCUCAGCAGCCAGGAUUACAAACGCUCCACCAUGGAGUCCCUCAUUGCUUGUUCCAGCCCGGAAAACAACCUCUACCUGGCGUCCCACCUCUCCAAACACUUCUGGCAGUACAAUCCGGUCCUCAACAGCUGGCAGGCACUAGCGGAGAGGCCGCUCGGGAGGAUUCACUCGGGGAUGGGCUACCUCAAUGGGCACGUGUACCUCCUGGGAGGAAGGAACCCGGUGACGGACGCCCGGCUGAAAGAGGUGGAGUGCUACAGCGUCCAGAGGAACCAGUGGACCUUCGUGGCUCCGCUGCCGCACUCUUUCGGUAAGAUGCAGGUGGUGGCGUUGAACGACCACCUGUACGUGGUGAACAAGCGCCGCAUGCUGUGCUACGACCCGCGCCGCAACCGCUGGCGCCACUGCGGCUCGCUGCGGCGCGACAAGCUGCACAAGGCGUGCGUGUACCAGGACCAGAUCGUCUGCGUGUGCGACAUCCCCGUGGUGAAGGCCUACAGCCCGGCCCGCGGCGAGUGGCGGCGCCUGGCCGACGUCCCCAUCGACAGCCGCGCCCUCAACUACCAGGUGAUCCAGCACGGCGGCAAGCUGCUGCUCCUCACGCAGACGCUGCUGCAGCACAACAAGAACCGCGUCCUCAUGCACGAGUACGAGCCGGCGCGAGAGAGCUGGAAGAGCGUCAUGGCGGUCUACGUGUCCACGCUGGGACCCGUGUGCGUUUCCACACGCGUCUACCCGGCGUGCCUGGGCUCGGCGCACAGCUUCUCCACAGAAGAGGACGACGACAGCGGAUCCAGCGCCGACUGGGAUCUGGACGGCUUGACGGACGCCGAUUCCGACUCCGCCAGUUCCAGCUCGUUCUCGGACGAGAACUGGUAGUCGGACUUUUACAGGGUUGCUGCGGUGAAACACAAGCUGGCGUGUAUUCGUUUCUUUCCAAAAUACAUCAUCUAUUCGUUGCCGUAACGUUGACUUCCACUGUACAUCGACUAACGAUUAAGAACACGAGAUGGGAAUUUACGACAAGACACUGAAUGACUGCGAAUUUCAACCAGAACGUCGGCGGUCUUUGUUCGCCGUAGCGCAUUCGGGUCACGGGUGAGCCGGGGCACAUCCCGGCCGACUUGGGGCGCCGGGCGGUGUACACCCGGGACUGGUUGUCAGUCCCAAAGUCAUUUGCCAAGAAAUUGUCUACUUCAUUCGUGAUCAAUAGGAUAGCUUCAGUGACCCAAUGAAAAUGGGACUCUUGACCCAUUUUAGGUCCCAAACCUAAAACCCAUCUUGGCCGUUUUUUUUUCCCCCGCCAGCUCUUUCCCCUGCCUCUGUACUAGUACUUUGUUCAUGAAGUGAUUCCAAAAUGGUGGUUUGUUCCCGACAUGCAGACUCCCUCUCUGUCUCACUGUUUGCCUGAAAACACCUCCGUUGGUCAAUAUUGUGUCGUGCGGGAGAGGUGCGGGGCUUUCUUCUUCUUUGAAAAAAUUCCUCCGAUGUUUUAUUUGUUGUUACAAUCAGCAUCAACCCCCUGCUUUAUAGAGACGCGUUCAGCUUAUUAUAGCAAGAUGGUCAUGCCGUUACUACCUUGCUCAAUUUCCAGUGUGGCGCCUUGCGAAAACAAGGCGCAGUCAAGCAUGCACGGCUUUCCAAAGUUUGUUCGGGGAGCAAAGCGUGUGGAGUUCCAAAAUAGGCGAGCGAGGCGGCUGACGCCGACCGCGCAGAAUUUUUGUCUUGCACUUCAGUUUUGUGUAAAGACGCCAUUUUGUUUCUGGGUUUCGUGGGAGACGUAAGCGACUAGCAACGCAUGUAAAGAUUGCACAUAGUAUGUCUGUUCUGUGUUGAAUUGUAGCGACGCAGUCACAAGACCGAAACAUCUCCGAGAGGUAUUAAAUGAACAAUACGUUUUUUAUUGCGCUCAUUAGAACUGUUCGACAUCAUACUGAGCUGUUUCUAAUAUAUUGAUUACAUUACUAACCAAUGAUAAACCCGUUGUUAUACACAGUUGUGCUCCUAAGUUUACAUACGCUGGUAGAAGUUGUGAUUUCCUGGCCAUUUUUCAGAGAAUAUGGACGAUAACGCCAAAACGUUUUCUUUCACUCGCGGUUAGUGCUCGGGUGAAGCCAUUUAUUACCAAACAACUGUGUUUACUCUUUUGAACUCUCCCAGAAACUCACUCAACCGUUAUAUACACAGACUGAUUACAAGCAGACGCGUGACGGGUGUAGAUGGUUGCCUUUAGUCGCCGUUCAAACGCAUUUGUGUCAACUUGUGUGUGCGUUUAUCAGGCCAAGACCUCAAGGGGGAGGUCAACUUUUGAUCAGGGUCAUUUGUGUACUUUCUGAUGUCAUUAUGAUUUCAAAGGAGUAAACGCACUUGGUGGAUAAUAAAUGGCUUCACCCAAGCACUAACCAGGAGUGAAAGAAAAGGUUUUUGUGUGAUCGUUUAUAUUCUGUGAAAAAUGGCCAAGAAAUCAUAAAUUCUGCCAGGGUAUGGAAACUGAAAGUACCUCUCUGGUUUCAGUCAAAACUGAGUGCACAAAGAUGUUGAGAAUUCUGGUGCAUGUAAUGCACCAAUGAUCUAAUGAAGUGCAUUGUGCUGACUCAGGUUUGUUUGUUGUUGUUGUCGUCGUCGUCGUCGUUGUUGUACCUUUGAAACACAUGUAUAUGACAUUGAUGAGUUUCUGUUUUUUUAACAUUUUUUUGCUCUCAUUUUUACAUGAGCAUCAGAUAUAUUACCCCAAACGCAUUUUCCAAUGUAAACCGAUUAAUAGUUAUUAAUCCUGUCUAAUAGUCACCACAAACUACAGUACAACCUCAACAGUAACUGUUCAGUUCCAAGUAUUAUAUCCAUAUCAUCGUAUUAGUUACUUGCAUAUUUUCCCGUGUGUUAUAAUUGUUUCAUAUGAUGACUAGAUGCAAUUUUAAUAUAUAUUUUUGAUUUGUGUGAAACAAACUGGAUUACAAUGGCAGUUUUAGUGUACCGGUGAAUAAACCGCGUUAUUGAGUAGCAGCCCGUUGUUUUUGUGGCUUUAUUUCGUAUAAUCACACCAACAAUAAAUAAUGAAAAGAAAAUACUAAAACAAGCCCAAAAAUAUCUUAACAAAUGUAAUAGCAUUAUUUACGCUCACUAGAUCAUUAGAUUCUCAGAAGACUGUAAUGCAAAUCACUCAUCAUUGCAAAAUUGUUGUAAUUCAGCCACGUCACACACAAAGCGCCUUUCUGAAGUCAUGCCACAGUACCCCAAUAGGAUUUAGGUCAGGACUUUGACUCGGCCACUGCAAAGUUUUCAUUUUGUUUUUCUGCAGCCAUUCAGAGGUGGACUUGCUGGCGCGUUUUGGAUCAUUGUCCUGCUGAAGAACCCAAGUUCGUUUCAGCUUGAGGUCACGAACAGACUUCAGAAUUCAUGGUUGCAUUUAUCACAGCAAAUCUUCCCGGUCCUGAAGCUGCAAAACAGCCCCAGACCGUCACACUACCACCACCAUAGUUAACAGUUUUUCUGAAAUGCGGUGUUACUUUUACACCAGAUGUGAUAGGACACACACCUUCCAAAAAGUCUUGGGGAUCAUCAAGAUGUCUUUUGGCAAAAUUGAGAUGAGCCUUAAUGUUCUUUUGGCUCAGCAGUGGUUUUUGGCUUUAUGUCCAUAUGUCAAAUGUUGUGUGUACGUUAAUAAGGAAAAAUGGCUGCAAUAUAACAAAGACUGAAAAGGGGUUUAAGGGGUCCGAAAACUUUCUGUACCCACUGUAUACUAACAACCAAAGCAAUGUUAACAUUAAUACAGGAUUGGGAUGUACUGUGAUAAUUUUAUAUUCUUUAUGUGUUUUAAAUACAAAAUGGCACCAGCCACUAAAACAGGAUUGGUAAUCAUCAUUUACAUAUUUCUUUCAAUUAAAUAAAAUACCAAAAGUUGGAAUACCUUUUUUCAUGAUUAUUUUACUAUUGUUUUAAUCUAAUGUAUAAAUAUGUUUGUAUUUAUUCAAUUAAAUCGGAAUUUUA